UAAUAUUUAAGAUUACUCUAAUAUGAACUCUAAUAAACCUAUUUUUAUCUGCGAGUUUAAGAAAUGCGAGAGAAUAUUCACUACCAAGUACUCUCUUAUCAGACAUGCACAGACUCAUAUGAAGACGAAGAACUUUGAAUGCAAGCAAUGCUCAAAGAGCUUUAAUAUUAAGCAAAAUUUGAUUGAACAUGAAUUCGCUCAUAGUGGUGAGCUGCCUUACGUCUGUAAUAUCGACGGAUGCACUCAGAGAUUCAGACAGAGAGGAAAGCUAUCUCUUCACCGACAAUCUCAUGCCAAUUACAAGAAGAAAUCCUACAGAUCUCACACAUCUAUUAAUGAUGGAGAGAUUGCUAAGAGGGUUCAAAUAGGACAGUCAAACAAUUCUUAUAAUUGUGCACCCACGACUUCAACUUCAUCAAUAAAUGCUCAGCAUACAGUUAGGAAUUUAGCUUCAGCUAAUGCUAACUUGUUCAUGUUGUCGAAUCAACUGGGAAAGAUCAAUCAGUUAGGGUGAGGGCAACCUCUUUUUUCUCUCUCCCAAAGACUUCCCGGUGUAAACUAUCAGUUCGCCCAAACCACUAUGCCACAGAUCAGAUUCAUUGGAAGCCACUUAGGCCAGGGAAAUCCCUCGGCUAACUUGCUUCCAAAACUUAACAUGAUGAUGCUCCCAUACCAAAACAUGGGUGGACAAUACAAUUAAGGCUUACACAGAGCGAAGCCUGUAUCUCUUAAUCUUAUUUCCAUAUUUUAUUAUUA